AUGAUGGGUGUUGACAGACCGUAUUUGCCAAAACCGGAGACUCAUUGUGGUGAUGGACGGGAGGUCGAAUUGCUUCAUUAUAUAUACAGUUUACCAAAUCUUGAAGAACUCCGUGGAUCUCCGUCAAAGAUCGUGGAGGCCAUUGAUCAAUAUGGAAGGGAUAAUUAUUACCUUAUGAAUGUCGGCUCAAUUAAAGGACCCAUUAUUACCUCCUUGAUAGCUGCAGUCAAACCGCAGGUUAUGGUCGAGCUAGGUGGCUAUGUGGGAUAUUCUGCCAUUUUGUUCGGGGAUGCAGUUCGAAAGGCCGGGGGGAAGAGAUACUACAGUUUGGAGAAGGACCCUGUAUUCGGAGCAGUCUCCACAUUGCUGCUGAACCUGGCUGGGCUUGGUGAUUUUGUCCAGGUCAUUAUCGGGCCCAGCGAUAUAUCCCUUUACAAUCUGCACAGAAGUGGCACCAUAAAUCGGAUUGAUCUGCUGUUUCUGGACCAUUAUAAGCCGGCGUACGUGGCCGAUUUGAAACUCUGUGAGCAACUUGAAAUGAUUGUUCCCGGUAGUAUCCUAGCAGCAGACAACGUCAUAUCUCCAGGAAACCCACCAUACUUGAAGUAUGUGAGGAGCAAUGUCGAGGAGAAGAGACAUGAAGCCGCAUCUAAUCCAGCUGCAUGCCGAGGUUAUGAUCUUCGAGGGUUUUCCAAAUCAAUCAUCAAUCGCUAUGGAAUUUCUGGGGAGAAAGCGACGACGGCGGUUAGUAUAUACGGCAACCCAAAUCUGAUUUAUGAAAGCAGACUGGUAAAUAGCUUUGAGCCUACAGGAGAACCUGAUGGAGUGGAAAUAACUCGUUGCAUUGGAACUGCAAAGACAUCCAUCAGCAAACUGUAG